AUGGUGACCCGCCGCUCGCUGCGGCCCCGCCCACUGGCCGCCAUGUUGCUGCUGCGGCGGCUGCUGUACCUCGGGCUGCGGCUCCGGCCGGGCUUCCGGGCCCCGCGGCUGCCGGUGCCGGGGCCGUGUGUGCGGGCCCCGGGGGGAGCCCGCGACCCGCCCCGCUCCCGGUACCGCUAUUACCGGGUGUCGGUGACCGGCCUGGCCGCCCGGUUGCGGGGGGGAGGCCGCGGCCUCCUGCUGGCCUUCGGCCUGGGCCUCGGGCUGGUGGAGCAGCGGCGGCGGGUGGAGGAGGAGGCGGGCAGCCGGGCGGCGGCGUGUGAGGAGGUCCGGUUGCUGUUUAACGCCCAAAAAAAGAAAUACCAAGACUUCCGCGGCUUGCGGGCGCACGGCUACCGGCUGGAGGAUUACCUCAUCGGGAAGCACAUCGGGAAGGGCUGCAACGCCGCCGUGUACGAGGCCGCCAUCCCCGGGGCAGGCCACCUGCCGCACGGGAGAACCGGGGCCGGGGAGGGUGGGAGCCCGGCACGGGGAGACUCCCGAGCAGUAGAGGGUGGGAGCCCGGCACGGGGAGACUCCGGAGCAGGAGAGGGUGGGAGCCCGGCACGGGGAGACUCCCGAGCAGUAGAGGGUGGGAGCCCGGCACGGGGAGACUCCCGAGCAGUAGAAGGUGGGAGCCCGGCACGGGGAGACUCCCAAGCAGUAGAGGAUGGGAGCCCGGCACGGGGAGACUCCCGAGCAGGAGAAGGUGGGAGCCCGGCACGGGGAGACUCCCGAGCAGGAGAGGGUGGGAGCCCGGCACGGGGAGACUCCCGAGCAGUAGAGGGUGGGAGCCCGGCACGGGGAGACUCCGGAGCAGGAGAGGGUGAGAGUGUGGCACGGGAUAGAUCGAGUCGUCUGCAAGGAGAAACGGCACCAACUCAACCACAAAGUGAACUGAAGCAAAGUACCUGCUACCCACUGGCGGUGAAGAUGCUUUGGAACUUAACCGCAGACUCAUCCUGUGAUGCCAUUCUGAGGACAAUGGCCCAGGAGCUGGUCCCAGCCACUCCCAGCGCCUUAACCGGUGUGUUUGGAAAAUCUGCUUCUACCGGCUCAGACAUCCGUAAAAGAAAGAAGAUGAAACCGCACCCAAACAUUAUCCAGGUCAUUCGAGCAUUCAGCAACGUUCCUCUCUUGCCUGGAGCCUGGGUAGAGUAUCCCGAUGUCCUGCCGUCCAGAAUUAAUCCCAGAGGGAUCGGACGCAACCGCACUCUCUUCCUGGUGAUGAAGAACUAUCCCUGCACCUUGCGGCAGUACCUGAGCAUCUCUGCCCCCAGUAGUCGCUGGGCCACACUGAUGAUCCUGCAGUUACUGGAGGGAGUGGACCAUCUGGUUCAGCAAGGCAUCGCACACAGAGACCUCAAAUCGGAUAACAUCCUCGUGGAGUUUGAUUCAGUGGGGUGCCCUCGGUUGGUGAUCACAGACUUUGGCUGCUGCCUGGCAGAUGAGAGGCUGGGAAUGAAGCUUCCUUUUACCAACAUGUAUAUCGACCGGGGAGGAAAUGGCUGCUUGAUGGCUCCAGAGGUGUCUGCAGCCAACCCUGGCCCCGGCAGGUCCAUCAACUACAGUAAGUCGGACGCCUGGUCCGUGGGGGCUUUGGCCCAUGAGAUCCUAGGGCUGCCCAACCCCUUCUACAGACAAGGAGGAGGGCAUCUGGAGAGCAGGCACUACCAGGAGACUCAGUUGCCAGCCCUGCCCGACUGCACUCCCCACCAUGUGCAGUUUGUGAUCACACUCCUGCUCCGUAGAGACCCCAAGAAGCGGCCGACGGCUCGAGUUGCUGCUAACAUGCUACACUUGCACCUGUGGGGGGCCGAGCUACUGACCCCUGCUCCGAGCAGCCUGGAACAGAUGUUGUCCUGGCUCCGCUGCCAAACUCUGCUCACCUUUCUGCAAGUCGGGAGGAACCGCGACAGCCCGGUGGAGACCGAACUGAGGAGAUGUUUCUUGGCGAAUCUCAGCUUCGAGGAGAUGGAUGAGGCGAUGGAGCUGCUGCUGCUGUGCGGAAACCGCAGCCAGUAACCGCAGCGCGGGGGUUAGUUAAUAAUCCGAGAUUUGUAGGAUAACCUUGCAGCUAUUGUAGUGGGUCUGAAUCUGAAACAUCGCACUUUUAAACUUACUCUCAAAUACUGAAGUGUGGAGUCGGAGCUUAAACAGCAGCAGCAGCAGGAGACAAAGAAAUAACUUGCAUUGUUCCUCGCUCCAUUGACGUCAAGUCUCAAAGCACUUCAGUCAUUACUAACAAAUGUAGGUAUUGUAGGCAAAUGUAACAGACAUAAUAAAUUAGUUGUUGCACUUACCUGCAAAUGAACAGAGCAUAUAAGAGUAUUACUAUAACAACAACUUGCAUUUAUGUAGCGUCUUUCAAACAGGUGGAGCACCGGAAAGCGCUUCGAGAGAUUUUGACGUGAUAAGAUGCUAUAAAAAUGCAGGUUCUGUCUUGUCUCGCUAAUUGCACACAGUGGAGCAGUGAAACAGCCAAGGAUGGAAAGAUGUUUUGGAGAAUUUCUUCGCUUAGAAAGUGAUAGUGAGUCGUUGGCACACAAGUGUUUUGGCAGCACGUAACUAAACAUGAGGCUUGGUCGCAUGCGCACUUUAAAGUAAAUUCAAGGUUAGGAGUUCAAGCUAGCAGCGUGUCUGAGCCACGCUGUAAGGGUUGCUGUGACAGUCAGGGAUUUACACCAGCUUGGAUCCAAAUCCCUGACUGUCCAGCGCCAUGGGACAUCCUCCCAACGUGAAAGACGCUGUGUAAAUGUAAUGUGUGGUUGAAGGGGGAAUGUUAAAGGGUUUGGGGGAGCAAGUAGGAGAUUAGAUUGGCUCCUUUGGGAAAACACACAGUGCACAAUGGUCUGUUUCUUCAUAUAACUUUGUUAAAUCUAACCAGAAUGUGGUUCUUAUUAUUCUUCUUAUUGCAUAUUGUGGACUUGGAAUAGUUACGAAAGUUUUCAGUUUGGCUGCCUCUGUUAAUAUAAUUUAAAUAAAUUUAGAGCGAUUUUGAGCAUU